AUGGCUCCAAAUAAUAAAAAGCUGCUCAUUGUGGGAGCCGGUGCAUCAGGGUUGCCUUCUUUGAGACAUGCAUUGCUCUAUGGAAUUGAUGUAACUUGUUUUGAAAGAACAAAGGAUGUCGGAGGAUUGUGGCAUUAUAAACCACAAGAGACGGAAUUGUCCUCUGUCAUGAAAACUACCGUUAUCAACACAUCAAAGGAAAUGACGGCAUAUUCGGAUUUUCCUCCCGAAUCAAGAAUGGCAAACUUCAUGCAUAACACAGAAAUGUACAGAUACCUCUUGAAUUACUCGAAACAUUACGAACUCGAAAAACAUAUAAAAUUUAAUCACAAAGUGAAUUCAAUCGAUCGAAAUGAGGAUUAUGAGAAGACCGGAAAGUGGAAAGUUAAUUAUACUGAUGACAAAGGAGCUACCCAUGACGCUGUCUUUGAUGGUGUUAUGUUGUGCUCGGGACAUCACACUACACCAAAUUGGCCACAAAAGUUCCGAGGACAGGAUGAUUUCAAAGGACGGAUUAUUCAUUCACAUAGUUAUAAAGAUCAUCGUGGCUAUGAAGAUAAAGUAGUCGUUGUAGUUGGAAUUGGAAACUCUGGAGGUGAUGUUGCUGUUGAACUAUCAAGAAUUGCCAAGCAAGUAUACCUUGUUACUCGUCGUGGAACAUGGGUGUUCAAUAGAAUUUACGAUUAUGGACAGCCAAUCGAUAUUGCAAUGAACAGAAAAUGCAUCUCUGAUCUGAGAUCUUUCGUUCCAGCGUGGCUCACGAAUACAGUUGUCGAAGCCAAACUGAAUCAGCGAUUUGAUCAUCAAGCAUAUGGUUUGAAACCAAGUCACAGAGUUUUUGGAGCUCAUCCGACUGUCAAUGAUGAGCUGCCGAAUAGAAUAGCUUGCGGAACCGUCAGGAUUAAGCCAAAUAUCUCAAAGUUCACUGAGACUGGGGUCCUUUUUGAAGAUGGGUCUUUGAUUGAGCAAGUUGACGAGAUUGUGAUGUCUACUGGAUUCUCAUUUGAAUUCAAUUUGGUGGAAAAUGGGCAACUGAUUAGAACUCAUGACAAUCAAGUAUCCCUUUACCAGUACAUGUUCCCAAUAGAACUUGGAGAUCACAACAGUCUUGCAGUCAUCGGAUUGGUCCAACCAUUUGGUUCCAUUAUGCCACUAUCUGAAAUGCAAGCGAGAGUAUAUUUAGAGGAGUUUACUGGGAAUCAUGUUCUCCCAAAAAAGAAUGAAAUGACUCAAAAUGUGCACGAUAAACUUGAAACGAUGGCAAGAAGAUAUGUAACAAGUCGUCGACAUACUAUUCAAGUGGAUUAUGUCGAUUAUAUUGAAGAACUCGCGAAAAUGAUUGGAGCCGACUUGGACAUGAAGAAACUUUGGAAAGAGGACCCAUGGCUAGCUUACAAGGUAUACUUUGGUCCAUGUGUUCCGUAUAUUUAUCGUUUGAAAGGCCCACAUAAAUGGAAUAAUGCAAGAGAUGCAAUUAUGUCAGUUGAUGAAAGAGUUCUUAUGGCCACGAACGAUCACGCACAAGUGGCUCCUGACUAUACAUUGCUGUACAUCGUUGGAUUAAUUUUUGCAAUUAUUGCUGUCUUUUACAUCUUGUUUUAAUUAAAUUUAGGGUGCAUCAAUAUGGCUUUACUGGACUUUUUCAGAUGAAUUUAACAGUUUUACAAAUAAAACAGAUUUUUUUCG